AUGCUCACAGUUGCACAAAAAUUACCUGAAAUAUUAAAAAAAAAAACUAAAACAAAAGGUCAGAAUUCAUUGAACCCUACAGAUAAUGUAGACUUUGAAAAUACCACCAUUAAUAUUUUAUUUGAAGAAUUUGAUGAAGAUGAGAUUUUACAGAUAGAUGUCGAAUUGCCGGAUUUUGAUGCGAAUGAUAAUGAUUCAGUAAUGGAGGAAUUUUUUGAUAUUAAAACUUUUGAAAAACAGAAUACAAUUGAAGAAA